AAUACAAUGGAGCCAUACGCUGAUGUGGUAAGUUUAUGAGUUCUUUAUGUUUAAAUUCAAUUUUCUAUAAAAAUUUCGCAUUUGGAUGUCCGAAUUUGAACUAUAUUGUUAUCUGCGUAAUAAUGUAUAACUAGCAUGUUUACACCUAAUAAUCAAAGGGGUAAGGUUUCUUCAAAAAAAAAAACAAAUGGGGCUAGGUUUUUAUACAGAGUAUAUUUUUCAUACUAAUAUGCUUUUUGUUAUUGGUUCAGAAUUGUAUUUUGAGAGUGAAUACUAAUUGUGGUGCAUGUAAGUACAAGAUGGUUGAAGUUAUAAGCUCUAUCUCUGGUGUAUAUUCGAUUAGCAUUGAUGCGGAUGAGAAUUUACUGAAAAUCUGUGGAGAAGUGGAUCCUAAUCGUCUAUUGAGUGCACUAUCAAGAGAAGGUGAACACGCAGAAAUAGUGAAAGCCCAUCUGAAGCACCCUGGGCUGCGACGUAAUUCGAUGUAUCCUCAAGGCUCUGCCCGCGGUCAUGGCUAUGGUCGCUCGAUGUAUGGUCAUGAUGCUUCCUAUGGUCAUGGACAAUUGAUGUAUGGUCAUGGCCAUAAGCCCCAUUAUGGUCAUCAAGCAUAUCCUAUAAGGGGAGCCCUUCCUUAUCAUGCUAACCAUCCAUUUGACUAUCAUUCCACAAAUGUUAGGUCAAACGCCUAUCCUUUCUAAAGAGGCCAGACGGAGAGGAUUGAACUUGUGACACAACCUCAACGUGGACGAGAUACAGGCAUACACAGCUCCUUAAGUUUCAACACCAAAAACCUAAACUAGAUAUACAGUGUUUGAGAUUUUUAGUAACUGCACAUUUACUUGGUAUUUUCCAUGUUAAGAUUUUGAGUUAUUGACUUAAUGGAUCGUGUCGUUUGAAAGAUGGAGAAAUCUGUCUCGAUCAAAGUAAAUGUUUUACGAAGUAUUCCUCCAUCCCCUAUUAUUGUUUCACUUCUUAUUCGCUUGAUCAAU